AUUUUCGGGUUUAACAUUUUAGGCCAUAAUGUAAGAACCAGAACUUGUUCUCUUAUAAUAGUAUCAAACAAAAAUGAAACACAAUCAGAUUGCAAUUUUCUGGUCUUGGGAACUAUCAGACCAUUCACAAAAUAUAAUUUCAUUUUUAAGCCUUCAUUUGGGAACCAUAACUUUUCGGUUUAUGUCAUAUUAGGUUACCAGGCUUUACAAGGAUAAAGAACAUGCUGAAGUUGAAUUCACAAUGAGUACAAACAUACUAGACCAAGCAAAUAUAUAUAUAUAUAGAUAGAUCAAACAAAUAAUGAGACAUAUAGACUUAGUGUGUGUAGUUCUGACAACUCUUUAUUUUGAAAGAUUGGUCCAAUCCCCACAGAUGAUGGUGUUGGGAAAGAGGUCAUCAUGCGAUUGGCAACGAAUAUGGAAAUGAACAAAGUUUUCUACACUGAUUCGAAUGGAAGGGAUUUUCUGAAACGAGUUCGAGAUUAUAGAGAAGAUUGGUCUCUUUCAGUUACUCAGCCUGUAGCAGGAAACUAUUACCCACUUAAUCUUGGAAUUUUCAUGGCGGAUAAGAAAUCUGAAUUAUCAGUUUUAGUUGAUCGUGCCACUGGGGGAGCUAGCAUUGCAGGUGGACAACUAGAGCUGAUGCUGCACAGGUAAAAAUUUCCACAUAUUCAUAUUCUCAGCAACUAGAGCUAAGGUGUUCACAUUAUACAUAUAUGGAUUAAUUAUCUGUUACUUAAUAACACUAUUCUAAUAUCUCUUAGCUUUCCUUAUAUUGUUUUUUCUUUUCCUAAAAGACUUUCUUAUAUUCCUUAUCAAGAUUUUUUAAUUGCUGUUACAUAUUUUGUUCACAGAUCAACAUUUAAUGGCUAUGAAAAGGUUAGAAUAAACUGGUAAAAUUAGUAUAAUUGCAGUUACAUAUUUUGCAAGCUCUACAUAUUUCUCUUCUUUUCUUUUCUCUGUACUUCCAACUAUCUUGUUUUUCAAUAUUAGAAUGCAAGGCUUUCUUUUGAGUGUGGUGUUUAAUCAAUUACUUGGUUAUUGAUUCAGCAGUAACAAUUAUUUUAUUUAUGUGCUUGAAUGUUGUAGAAACCUCUUACUUGAUUAUGGAUUUUGUGUUUAUUUUUAUAUUUUUCUUUCCUUUUUUGUGAUGCAAACCAAGUGUGUGUGAAAAUUCCUCAAUGGACUAAGAUUGUGAAAUUUAGUGAAUGAUUCUUCUAUAGGCUAAUGUAGUUGUUGCUUAUUGUUCUCUAGGCCUUUUUUUUAUUUCAGUUUUAAAUUUGGAAGUAUAUAUUAUGGAAUGGCCUAAAUAGUUGAUUCUUUGAAGAGGAAUUUUUGAGAUAAUAUUUUUAAACAUUUUAUUCCUAUAGAUGAUAUGAAUCUUAAUUUUUAUUUUGUUUCUCCUUAAUGUUAAAUUGAGGCACCUAGCCAUUAUGAAGGAAAGUAUAUAGAAUAAUUUAUUGGAGUAACCUCAUAUAUAUUUCAAAUAUUUUAACUAUGCCGGUGAAGCUUAAAAAGAUUGUUUGGGCUUUAUCUAAUUUUAUUAAGAUAAGUAUAGUCUUUUUAGGGGAAUAAAUGAUGUGUUUAAGACUUAUAUAUUUUUAAUAAUGUACAAUAUUGAACAAUAUUUGAUUAUGAUGGGUAUAUGUUUUGAUUUAUUUCUGUAUUGAUUGAUUUGUGAAUUAAAUCUAAUGAAAGUGGAGGCUAGAUGAGAUAGAGGAUCUUUGAUGGUUAAUUAUGAUAUUAUGUCAUCAAACAUGGUAUUUUCUUUAUAAAUUUCUCUCUAAAAAAUUUUCUAUUAUACUCGUAUCUUAUAAAUCUUUGAGUGGCAUGUAACUUUAUUGCUAGUGCUUGAUUAUAGGGUGCUCCUAGAUUUGUGUAGUGAGGUGUAAUUUCUACAUGCAGAUGCUUGCCACACAGUUUCGUGCUCUUGGGUUUCUUUCUUUUUCUCAUUAUAGCUGAGAAAUUAA